AAUUUGCUUGCUCAAUGCAAACAAGCUUGCUUGCCUUAAUAAUUAACAAAUAUUAGGAAUAUUUAUAAAAUAAGAAUAAAGCUAAUUAGAUCGUAAGUGAGCAAUGUGUCCGUGCAGAAUGAAAACCAUUCAUUGAAAUUUUUCUUACUUAGUAGUAAACCGAGAAAGGGAUUACAAUUACAAGAUGGAUAAAGACAUCAGAACAGAUUCAGUAGACUCUGGCGCCGAAGAGCCCUUGCCUCCUGGAGUUACAGAUAUUCCAGUUCCAAAAAAGCCAAAUCCCCUGAUGAAGACCUUUGUACCAUCACCAAUGGUGAGCCCGUCCAGUCCAGGAAUGUUGAAUGCGAAGAAGAAACUGAGGGCCUUCUCCAUCCAGAAGAAAGCCAUGAUUUCCUCACCAGUGACAGUUCCCAAGCCUAUCACCUCAGGAAGCACAACAGUCCUCAUUGGCAAGCUGAGCGGGGUGAAGGUGACCCCGAAACCGGAACCAGAUCCCGAUGUCAAGAAACCCCCCAAACCACCUAAACCCGGGAACAACAGGAAGCUUUUUCAAGAGAACUACACAGAGAUCCAAAAGAAGAAAGUAGCAGAAAUAGAGGAUAUGAAGCGUAAGAUGGAGCUCGUUGAGCUUGGCAUUCCUCUGGGGCUGAUCUGCCCCACGUCCAGCAGCGUUCAGGCUAUGCCAACUAAGGCCAUGCCGCCUAUUAAAUCAUUCUUAGAUCCAGCUAAAGUGGAUGAAUUGAUACGUGAAGCGAAACAAGCUAAGGCAGAAGGCAAGGAUUUCAAAUUCGAACUUUCAAAAUUUUUACCUGACUAUGAUAACCCUUUUCAACGCAAAAAAGAAAAGGGAGAUGAAGAAGACGAUAAAAAAGAUAGCAAAGAGUCUGCUUCAAAGAAAGAUAGGUGGAACCAUGACAGAUUUGAGUUUAAGAGACACAAUGACUAUAGAAAGAAAAGUGAUCGAAGCAAGUUUUAUAGUAAAGAUAGGAAGGAUAGUAAAGAUAGGAAAAAAGAUAAAAGUAGAGAUAACAAAAAAGAUGAAUUCAGAAAGACAGAAAAGGCCAAUGAAAAAGUAGAAAAGAACAUCAAAGAAACUGACGUGAACCUAAACGACUACUUGGUGUGUGAUAGUUGGUCCUUAGAUACAGAAGACAAAACUAACAGUUCUAGUCCUAAAGUAGUCGAUAAAACCGCACAAGAGACUGCCUCUAUUCCGCUCCCGGACGAUUUACCUAAGAAAGAUGUAGAAGUCAUUGAAAAACCUAAGGAUUCGAAAGCAACUGUUAAUAAACCAAUAAGUGUUGAUUCAGUCAAUGUGCCAGUGAAAGUAGAAAAACUAAAACCAGUCAUGGACUCGUUCAAAUACGAAUUAGACUCGAACGAAGAUGAAGUUUUAGAUAUAUUCGACGAGGACACGGAAAUAGAUAAAUAUGCAAAUCCGACUAUUAAAAAGCGGAGACCGUACGAUUCACCAGUUUCUUUGAAACUCUACGAUUGUGAUCAAGAGCCUACUACAGCUGAUGAUGAGAACUUUUUGGAGUCUGUGAUAAACGAGAUAAAGCAGGAGGACAUGAGUGAUUUAAGUCAGGACAAAGGUUUAGUUGAGUACGAUAUGUCUCCUGCUAAAGAUGAAGAGAUACGAAGACCAGAUAACCGGGAAUCUGUGACACCUGAGUUGGAUGAUCGUAUGAGGGAUUUGACAAGUCAGCAGAGUUCUUACUCUGAUGGUUAUAGGUCAUCGGAGAGUGGUUACAAGUCCAAAGAGAGCGGGUAUAAAUCUGAUAGGUCGGAUAGUUUUAGAUUGUCUGUUGAGAAGGAUAUGGAUGAUUCGUUGGAACGGAAGGUGUCCAAGAGUACGAUGGAGUCGCUGGAGACUUGGAGUUUCAUCUUGAAGAUCUGUCAGCCGCUGUUAUUUAGACACGACAAGAAUAAGUGUUAUAAAGAGACCCACACGACGCCCAAGCUGUGGUUCGCGGAGAACCCGCGGCGCUGCAGCUGCGUGAAGGACCGCGCCGUGGUGUACCGCGAGCUGGAGACCUGCAAGAUGGCGCUCGUGGACCGCGUGUACGGCUGCGACCAAAUCGUAGAAGGUCCCUGCCCAGCGUCUCAGCAGUGGUACCCGCGCCAGUCGUCCAGCCUCACAGAGCACAGCAUCCCGCUCACCAACGAGUGGGAGAACGACGAGCAGGCCGACUCUGUCAAGGACCCCAGAGUGAACAGACGUAGCGACACGCCGCGGAACGAGGAGAUUUACCUCGACAGGGAGUAUCAAAGAUUUAUGGAAGCAGUCUGGCCGGAAGUGAGCGAUAGUAAACCAGACACGCCUCCCGACACGACGCCGGUUAGACAGUCGAGGAAGAAGAAGAAGGAGGACGAUGGAGAAGAUAAGAAGAAAACGAAGAAGAUCAAGCUGAGCAGCGAGGGCUGGAGCCAAGAGUCUGAAGUGGAGGAAGACGAUAAUAAAAGCAAAAGAGUGAAGGACAAAGAGCGGCGCAAGCGCAAGCUCUCCGUGACAGGGACGGAAACUGACAGCGACGAUGAACGGAAACGGAGGAAAAUUGGCAAAAAAAAGGCGAACAAGAAAUUAAAAGCAAAGGAGGCCAAACGCCGGCGGCUCAGCAAGAAAUACUUGCGGAAACUCAAGGAGAAGAAUAAGAAGAAGAAGAAAAUGGCGAAGGAGAAGUCAGACGCUGAGUCCGACGAUGAGAAAGAAAAGAAAAAAGAGAAGAAAUUAAAGAAGAAAAAGCAGUUGAAGCUGAAGAAAGCGCAGAAGAAAAAGAAAGCCCGCGCCAAGUCCAGCUCCAGCUCGUCCUCGUCCAGCGAGAGCUCAUCGGAGAGCUCCUCCGAUGAGAAGAGAAAGAAAAAAAUUGAGAAGAAGAAGAAGAAGAAGGAGAAGAAACGCAAGCACUCCACCGACUCCACCCAGAGCGAGGAGCUUUUCGACGUGAACAUCCUGAAGAACAUCAAGACGGAGAGGGAGACUGACGACGAGAAGAGAAUGGAGUUCUCGCCGCGGAGACAGGGCGGGAAGCCGAGGGAGAUCAUCAAUGUUAAGGAGCUUCAGAAUGACUUUGUCGGCAACAACAUUCACAUAAAGCAGGAGAGACAGGAGAUGAACGAGAAGGUAGUCACUCCCGAAGUGCAAACGCCGGUCAAGGAACCGGAUGUUGUGGAAAUUAAGAAGAUCAACUUUAAGGAACCAGAACCACAACCCCAACAGGUGGCGCCACCGAAAACCACGCCGCCACCAGAACCCACCCCCCCGGAGAUUACCGCACCGGAGGAAACCUCGCAGUGUUCCUCGCAAGAAUCCAUCGUCUCCAGCAAGGACCAAUACGAGAAAGACGACAGCCAUCUCAGACCUUCCUCUCAGAACUCCAACUAUAGCUUCAAAGAUGUCAUGGCCAGCCACGGUUACCAGAAAGAUGAGAUGGACAGUCGGGAAUAUCAGAAAGAUGAUAUUUCUAACCAAUAUCAGAAGGGGGGUGAGAUAAAAAAUAGUGUUUAUGAGAAAGGAGACGCGAUAUCAACGCUUGGAUAUCAUCAAGCCAACGAGAUUGCGACUCGUGAUUAUCAAAAGGAGGUCGCUGAUCAUGGUUAUCGGAGAGAUGAAGUUUCGAAUGGUGGGUAUCAAAAAGAGCACGAUAUGGAGCCCCACGAGUACCAGAAGCACGAGGACUACUCCCCGGCCAACUACGAGGUGUACGAGCAGUUGGCCUUGGCUUACCAGAACGACGUCGCCAGCCAGAGCAAUUCCUCGAUGGAUUUCACUCAAGAUGUCACCUGGUCGGACUCCCACCGCAUCGAGACGGUGGUGGGGGGGCGGCGGGGGGAAAUCAAGUGCGACUGGAGGGCGGGGGACCGGCCGCCCGACCGCGACCGGCCGAAGCUCAGGCCCUCUAGAUGGGGUUUGAAGCCGGGCGAGGUGAACAUAGUGCUCACGCGCGGCGAGCCCGUCUACCGCAUCCAGAGCAUCGCCAACCGCGCCGACCACAACACCAUGAGUUACGACGAAGCGUACAUGGAUAUGUACGGCGCGGCGGACCGCCUCCAAUACGGCGACUGCUUCUCGGACGCCGCCCCCGCCCCCGCCACCGCCCCCGCGUCGCACCUCGCCCCCGCGCCCGCCCCCACCCCGGCCGACCCACGCCGGUCUACCCUGGAUGACAGAAUCGACUUGGCGCUCAAAAACACAGUUUUAGGUGAUGUGGCGAAGGAUGCGAACGAAGACGAUCGCGAGGCUCCGGAGAAGGGGAUCCUGGUCAGCAAGGCCAAUGCUACUCGCGCCGUGAAGCGCGUGAGUUUCGCGGACGGGUACACGCCCGGACAAGACUCUGACGUGGAGGCGCCGCCCAAGAAGAAGAAGAAGUCCCGCCGCUACGGCUGCGCGUGGCCGUGCCCCGCGUCGCACCCCGACCACGUGCCGCUGUGGGACGCGCUGCCCCCCCCGCCCCCGCCGGCGCUGCCCCCCGCUCCCCCCGCCGCCCCGCCCGCGUCCCCGCCGCCGCCCGCCGCGCCCGCGCCGCCGCCGCCCGCGCUGCUGGCCGCGCUGCGGCGGCCCGGCGUCUCCGGGAACUUGAUGGCGGAUCCGAUGUUGCAGCAACAGUUGGCGCAUCAUCACCAGAAGUUUGAUCCCAACUCUUCGCUGCCGCCGUUCAUGCCGCCGGAGCCGCCCCCCGGCAUGAUCAACUUCCACUGAGAUGAUCACAUAGUUGUAAGAAAUAAUUGACUCUUAUACCAAUUAUUGUUAACUUUUAUCUGAUGACAUAUGUGAUAAU